AUGCCCACCGCAAUCACUACGAAUGGCUCGGGUCGUACCAAUCCAGAGCAUGAAGAAUAUCAAUACCUAGAUUUAAUAACACGUAUCAUAACAACAGGUCAAUCACGUCCAGAUCGUACAGGAACAGGUGUCAUUUCCCUAUUCGCUCCUCCUUCCCUCCGAUUUUCUUUGUCCAACCAAACAUUACCAUUGUUAACUACGAAACGUGUGUUUUUACGUGGAGUAUGGGAAGAACUAUUAUGGUUCGUAAAAGGUUCAACAGACGGUAAACUUCUUUCUGAAAAAGGUAUAAAUAUUUGGGAUGGGAAUGGAAGUAGAGAAUAUUUAGAUAAAGUCGGUCUGAGUCAUAGGAGGGAAGGUGAUUUAGGACCUGUUUAUGGUUUUCAAUGGAGAUUUUUCGGUGCCGAAUAUGGGACUUGUGAUGAUGAUUAUAAUGGGAAAGGUGUUGAUCAAUUGAAAAAUGUUAUUGAAAAGAUUAAGAAUAAUCCUACGGAUAGAAGGAUAAUUUUAAGUGCUUGGAAUCCUAAAGACCUUCCACUUAUGGCCCUACCUCCAUGUCACAUGUUUUGUCAAUUUUACGUCACAUUACCACCUCUUCUUCCCUCAAACCCUUCCGACCCCUCCAAUCCAUCCAAUCCCUCCGAUAUCGACUCUCCUCAAGACUCAUCUAUCGACCCUUCAGGUCCACGAGACCCAAAUAUCAAGCCAAAACUAAGUUGUUUAAUGUAUCAACGUUCUUGCGAUCUAGGUCUAGGAGUCCCAUUCAAUAUAGCUUCUUACGCUUUACUCACUCAUAUGAUCGCCCUGGUAACAGAUUGUGAAGCCCAUGAAUUGAUAUUACAAAUGGGUGAUGCACAUGUUUAUAAGGAUCAUAUCGAACCUUUGAAAAUACAAUUGGAACGUCAACCUAGGGAAUUCCCAAAGUUGAAUUGGAAGAGGAGUAAAGAAGAGAUUAGUGAUAUUGAUGGGUUUAAAAGUGAUGAUUUGGAAGUUUUAGGUUAUAAACCAUUAGGUAAGAUUGAGAUGAAGAUGUCUGCAUGA